AUGGCUUGUCUUCAUUACCUUGUUUUUCUCUCUCUAUUUGUAGAGCUUGCCAUCUUUUCGACGGGCCAGAUACCGAUUGGUUCACAGCUUUCAGCCAGUCAAAAACAAGUUUGGCUAUCCGAGAACAGCACCUUCGCAUUUGGAUUCACUUCCUCUGGUUCUGAUGGUCAGUUCUUGCUUGCAAUUUGGUACUCUAAACUCCCUGGUGAUCCAACAGUAACAUGGUCUCCUAACAGAGAAUCUCCGGUUGGAAGUGACGCCACAGUCAAGCUUGAUCUCACUGGGAACCUGGUCUUGGUUGAUGGCAGUUCUUCAUUGUGGAUGUCGAACACCUCUCACCAAGGAGUGAAGUAUGCAGUGAUGUCGGAAUCCGGGAGCUUCAUUCUCUACAAUGGAAGUAACAACGACAGCCAGAUUGCGUGGCAGAGCUUCUGGCACCCUUCAGACACACUCCUCCCUGGCCAGCAAUUGACCGGCUCCCUUGAACUAUCAUCGGUCAAGUCCUCACUUGGUUAUUAUUCACUUAAAAUGCUUCAGCAACGCACUUCUCUUAGCCUCGCCUUGACAUAUGUUUCACUGGAGUCCUCUGGUGCAUCGCCGGAGUACUAUGCAAACUACUCCUACUGGUCGAGCCCAGAGAUAUCAAAUGCAACAGGUGAUGUGGUUGCAGUGCUGGACCAGUCAGGGAAUUUCGGUAUCAUGUAUGGAUCAUCUUCAUCUGGGACGAUGUAUGUGCACAAGAAUGAUAGUGGAGGGAGCACAUCUCCCAGAAGGAUCACAAUUGGAACCGAUGGAAAUCUUCGUCUCUACCGGUGGGAUGAAGCCUGGGUCACUGAAUGGUCAGCGUUGUCAAACCCAUGCAUGGCUGCUGGAGUUUGUGGCAGUGGUGUGUGUACUCUAGAUUCAAGCAAGACUAAUUCCAGCUGCACUUGCUUGCAGGAGAAUUCAUCAGCGAGCUCAGGAGAUAAGGCUUGUUCUUUGGGCGCAUCAAAGCCUUCUCCAGUGAAAUGUAGUGAAAAUCACAGCAUUGGAAUUACGAUGGAAACAGUGGCACAAACAAACUACUACUUCUCUGGUGCUUCCACCAUUAAGAAUUACAGCAAUGUGAUGGUAGCCUCACAAUGCGCCGAGCACUGCCUCUCUGACUGUGAUUGUGUUGCGGCAGUUUACGGGCUUGAGGACGACAAACCAAGCUGUUGGACCCUGAAGAGUCUGGUGUUCGGAGGAUUUCAAGAUCCUAGUGCAACUCUCUAUAUGAAGGUUGGUUCCAAUGGCUCCCAAGCUGGAGGAAGUUCCAGUGGCGAUUCAUCAUCGAGCAAGGGUGCUCAAGCGGUUGUUCUUCCAUUGGUUCUAUGUACCUCUGCUGUGAUUGUCCUAUUAAUCUUCCUGUUAUGCUACAACAUUCGGAGGAGGAGAAUAAUGCGACACCACGCAAUCAGUAGCUCGCUGAGCUUCCCUGGAGCUCCUGUAUUUUUCAGUUACCAUGUUCUGCAAUCUGCAACCGGAAAUUUCUCUCGAUUAAUUGGGACAGGGGGUUUCGGAAGCGUGUACAAGGGGACACUCAGAGAUGGGACCUUGAUUGCAGUAAAGAAGCUGGAAAGAAUGUUGCCACAAGGUGAAAGGGAGUUCAUAACUGAAGUCACUACCAUUGGCUCCAUGCAUCACAUGAACUUGGUCAGUCUCUGUGGAUUCUGCUCUGAAGGUUCACAUAGACUUCUUGUUUAUGAGUACAUGAGCAAUGGAUCACUGGAUAAGUGGAUUUUCCCGACGCACGAGCAGCAGGACAAGCUUCUAGACUGGAAGACUCGCUUUAAUAUAGCGAUCGCCAUUGCUGAAGGUAUUGCUUAUUUCCAUGAGCAGUGCAGGAAUAGGGUCAUACAUUGUGACCUCAAGCCAGAGAACAUACUCUUAGAUGAUGAUUUAUGUCCAAAGGUUUCUGAUUUCGGACUGGCUAAGCUAAUGAACAGAGGCCACUCUGAAGUCAUUACUAUGGUUAGAGGCACAAGAGGGUACUUAGCACCGGAAUGGAUCAGCAGCCGGCCGAUCACUGUCAAAGCCGAUGUUUACAGUUACGGAAUGCUACUUCUAGAGAUAAUCGGAGGCCGGAGAAAUCUGGACAUGUCUCUCAAUGCAGAAGACUACUACUAUCCAGGAUGGGCUUUCAAGGAAAUGACUAACGGUACGCCGCUGCAUGCUGCGGACCGAAGACUAGAAGGGAAGGUUGAUGAAGAGGAAAUGGUGAGAGCUCUCAAGUGUGCAUUUUGGUGCAUCCAAGAAGAAGCAUGGAGCAGGCCAUCAAUGGGAGAAGUGGUGAGAAUGUUGGAAGGAUCAGUUGAAAUCAAUGAACCACCAAUGCCUCAAGCAAUACUAGAGUUAAUGGAUGAAGGAUUGGAGAACAUUUAUAAGGCCAUGAAAAGGGACCUCUUCGCUUAUCCCAUCACUUCCUCCUCUGUGAUUACCAGCCAACCAUCGUCCUCAAGAGCAACAUGCAGUUACUCCACUAUGUCACCCAGAUAGAAACUAAUUAAUGGCUAUUUAUUGUAAUCUAAACCGGAAAAUCAAACUCAAAUGGUUCAAAAUUCUGGUGGGGUUUCAGAGUUUCUAUACCAUUUGAAGUGUUCCGGAUGUUUAAUGAU